AUGGAACAACACACCCUUCGCCGCCGCGGCCUCGCCCUCCGAGGCGUCGACCAUGACCGCGUCUCCCCCGGCUACGUGCUCUACACACCGCUCACCUCUCGCACCGUGCACCUUGUCUCAACAUCUGGCGAAGAAUUGCACCGAUGGACCCUCCCUUACCGCGCGGGUCGCCACGCGCGGAUCCUCCCUGACGGCAACCUUGCCUACAACGGUGUGCACCCAGAUCCGCCGAAGAUGUUCCCAAUGUGGGCAAAAUACCGCGGCGGGGUUAUGAUGCAGGUGUCACCCAGCGGGGAGAUUCUGCGCGAGUACCAAGACCCACGGGCUCACCACGACCAGAACCACCUCGACGACCGGACCCUGCUGUACACAACCCUGGAGUCGCUGACCGCGGACGAGGCCGCGCGUGUGCAGGGAGGUAUACCGGGGAGCGAAGCACCGGGCGGAACAGUAUACGCCGACUGUAUCAAAUUGGUAGAUCCCUGGAGCUCAUCAACCCGGUCGUCAGCAGCGGACUUCGAGGGCAGCGGGACAGGCGGUGCAAAGCUGCUGUGGUCGUGGCGUGCGAUCGACCAUCUGGAUCCGCAGCGCUUCCCUCUCCUCGCGGACUAUCCGCGUGAGCACUGGCCGCUGAUUAACAGCGUAUCCUUUGACUCCGCAGGGAACAUUGUCGCCUCGCUGCGCAGCACCUCCGGGGUCAUUAUCAUCAGUCGCCAGACGGGCCAGAUCCUCUGGCAUCUGGCCGCACCAGUGGUGAGUCAGCAACACUGUGCACAUGAGCUCUCCUCGGGCGAUAUCCUAAUUUUCGACAAUGGGGUUUACCGAUCUGGCAUCCCGGUGCCGUUUUCACGGGCGAUAAUCGUGUCUCGCGCGACAAAAGAGAUUGUUUGGGAGUACAAAGACCGCAGCACGGGAGGGAUUGGCUUUUUCACGCCGUUCAUGGGAUCGGCGCAGAAGCUGGCAAGCGGGAAUGUGCUGUUGUGUGAAGCUGCCACGGGCCGGAUACUUGAGGUCACGGAGACGGAAACGACGGUAUGGGAGUUUGUUGUGCCACAGUUGAAUGAUUAUAAAGGCGUCAUGGCGGAGCGGGAAUUGCACGAGAUGGAGCAGAUGGGCUUUGCGUAUCAGAGCAAUGCCAUCUUCCGGGCGUACAAGUAUCGACCGGAGGAGGUACCGUGGUUGAAGGCAGACUGA